AUGGAAAUGACUGAUUGCAGUGCGCAUGAUGGACAUGAUCAUCUUCUCAAUUUGUUGUUGAUUGGCGACUCUGGUGUAGGCAAGUCUAGCUUAGUCUCACGAUUCACCAGGGGGAAGUUUAGACCCGACCCAAAACCCACAAGUACAAACAACAUUGCUGCUAGACAUGUAUGUGUUGAUGGAAAGGUCUUCAAGGCUCAGAUUGUGGAUAUUCCUGGGAAUAGUAGUUACAGUGAUAUUUCUACAGAAGUGCUAAGCACAAACGGAGCACUCAUUGUUUACGAUGUCACCAGUCUUUCCACCUUUGAAAACGCUGAAAAGUGGUAUAAGGAGUUACAAAUUGCAAAUGGCGAAAUUGAGGUGAUGCUCAUUGGGAAUAAAUCUGACCUGGUGAAUGACUUUGUCACUACUUGUACAGAUGCUGGAAAGGAACUUGCGGAGAGGGAAUCACUUGUCUUCAUUGAAACAUCUGCCAAGGACAAUAAAAAUGUGGAAAAAGCUUUUGUUGAAGUGGUUACACUGAUCUUUGAUAAGCUUAUCGAAAAUGGUACCAUGGAUGCAAUUAAUAUGCACAUGCUUUUCCUGAAAUGUCUUCCGAAGGAUCCGUCCAAUUUCUCUGUGAGGAAGAGGAAGUGGACGACGGUUUUGUUUCUGCUAAGAAAGAGGAAAAGAAAGAAUGAAGAUCCUCACCAAGACGGCGUUAAACAUCCUAAAAUUGUUGAGAUUUUUGACGGAAAUGAAGGAGAUGAUGAUCAUCAUCAUGAAAAUGAUCAUUAUCUCUCCGAUGGGUCUGAUGCUGAUGAGAGAGACGAAAACCCUAGAGAUAAUUCCGAUGAAAAAAUUGAAGGUUUUGAACAGGAAAACCCUAGUUUAGAUCUGAUGCAGGAGGAUGAACAAGAAAACUCAAAGUCUGCGUUAUUGAUUGUUUCCGAGAGGAAGAAGCAUGGUGUAGAUACAGAUACUCCUCCUGACGAUGAUUGCUGUCCAAUCUGCUUCGAUGAUUUCUCAAUUGCCUGUAAAACAAACUGUGGACACUGGUUUUGUGCAAAUUGCAUACUCCAAUUCUGGACAUACAGAACAGCUCUUCAAAAAUGCAAUUGCCCAAUUUGUGCACGACCCAUUACCGAGUUGACACCAGAGGCAUCUUUACUGAUUAUCCAUGAAGUUGAAGUCAUGGAAGCUCUAAAAAAUGUUCAAAGGUAUAACCGCCUUUUCCAGGGUGGUUUUAGUGGUGUCAUAUGGAAAGUUUUUGAGGUUCCUGAUGUAUUUAGAAGAAUGUUAUCUGGUUUGAUGGAUCCAGAUAGAUUCAGAGGAAACUACUAUGCAAUGCGUAUCUUUGCUUUGUUGAUGUCCUGCAUUUAUAAUAUGAGUUCCUUUGACUUCAUUCCAACAGGGACUAUAGGGAUUGGUGCUUAG